GAGGGCCUUCCUCGUUCCCCCAUCCGGAUGUCGUGUCCUUAGUGGAGUUGGACCCAUGUUUAUACAGUCUUUAGUUUAUACACUCUUUAGUUUUGUCUUCCAGGACCAACCAGGUGAAAUGGACGACAUUGAGUUGCUUUUAUCCUUGAGAAAGUAAGAAAAUAGUUGCUUCAGGGUCUUGUUGUUCCACAGUGUAACUCUGCUGGCUGAAGAAAUUCGAUUUCUUUAAGAUGGAGGCUGGUAGAAAUCUCUGGAUGGACGCCCUCCUCUGAAAGCCUUCCUCCGGCCUCCUCCUCCCACCUCUUGCUCCACCUCACCUCACCUCCUCCCACCUCCUCCUUCUCCCACAUCCCCUCCACCUCCACCUCCACCUCUUCCCCACUCCUGCUCCUCCUGUGAUGCUCCCUGGCGGCUAGACCAUGUUCUUAAAACGAGGUUCUAUGAUCAUCUGCGGCGCGUUCCUCUUCGUCUCAUGGAACGCCGUCCUGGUUCUGGUCCUGCUGGGCCGGACCCCCCCCAUCACCCCCGGUGCUGGGGGGGGUCCGGGAGGGGACGAGGCGGCAGUGGAGCUCGCCGCCCAGGGGGAGGGGGAGCUAGGGGACGUGGUGGCGGACGUGCUGCGCAUGGCGGACACCUUUGAGAAGAGGCUGGAGGAGCAGAAGAAGAUCCUGCGAGUCAUCCAGAGCCACCGCUCGCUGUGGGGAGGGGGCGGACCGCCGCAGGCCACACCCCCCCUCCCCGACGACGACAGGGCCGCCAUCCCCGUGCUGGUCAUGGCGUGCAACAGACCCACGGUGAAGCGCUGCCUGGACAAGCUGCUGGAGUACCGCCCCUCCGCACAGCGGCAUCCCAUAAUAGUCAGCCAGGACUGUGGACACGUGGAGACGGCGGAGGUCAUCCGUUCCUACGGCAACCAGGUGACUCACCUGCAGCAGCCCGACCUGUCGGACGUCGCGGUGCGGCCCGAGCACAGGAAGUUCCAAGGCUACUACAAGAUCUCCCGCCACUACCGCUGGGCGUUGAGCCAGGUCCUCCGCACCAGCGGACACAAAGCCGUCAUCAUCGUAGAGGACGACCUGGAGGUGGCGCCAGACUUCUUUGAGUACUUCGAGGCGCUGUAUCCGCUCCUGCGGAGCGACCCCAGCCUGUGGUGUGUGUCGGCCUGGAACGACAACGGGCGGGAGGGCUACGUGGACCCGGGCCAGGCCGCGCGGCUGUAUAGGACAGACUUCUUCCCGGGGCUGGGCUGGAUGAUGCUCGGGCAGCUCUGGGACGAACUGGAGCCCAAGUGGCCCGCCGCCUUCUGGGACGACUGGAUGCGUCAGCCGGAGCAACGCCGCGACCGGGCCUGCAUCCGGCCGGAGAUCUCCCGGACGAUGACCUUUGGUCGUAAAGGAGUGAGUCUGGGCCAGUUCUACGACAGCUACCUCCGCUUCAUCAAGCUGAACUCCCAGUAUGUCCCCUUCGCCACCCUGGACCUGGCCUACCUGCAGAAGGACGCCUAUAGCGCGCACUUUGAGAAGGAGGUGUACGCCGCGCCGCUGGUCAGCUACGAGACGCUGAAGCAGGGUCAGGGGACCGGGCCGGGGCCGUUCCGCCUGCAGUACUCCAGCAAGGAGAGCUUCAAGUGGCUGGCCCGGAGCCUGGGGGUCAUGGAGGACCUCAAGUCCGGAGUACCCAGGACGGGCUACAGGGGUGUGGUCAGCUUUAUGACGCGAGGGCAGAGGGUCUACCUGGCCCCGCCCCCUGGGUGGAGCCAGUAUGACCCAACAUGGAGCUGAGCACAGAGUUGGGGCGGGGCUUAGACCAAAGAACAGUGGUAUGAACUCUGAUCUGAUUUGUUAGAGCUCUGAUGUUUGGUGUUUUUUGGGGGGGUGAAGAGAGAACACUUUCAUCUCUGGUGCCAAAACCACCUGUGAAUUCUUCAUGAUGUUAAAAUAGUUUUACGAUUACCAAGUGGCCUUCUACUCUGCUAAUGGUGCACAAGUGAAUCAAUGCAUGAAAUGCCAUGGCCUUAGUGACUGUAAAUUAUAGGAAAUAUUUGAGAGAUUACAUGCACUUGUACAAAUGUGUUUAGUUUAUGAUUUCGGUUGCUAAUGGUGAUAGGAUUCGGCAUAUAACUGUUGAAAUGUAAUCAUACAAUCUAAUUGUUCUUUGUUUUCCUGUUCAUACUUUAGCUCUACAAUUUACCAAAAAGUUGACACUUUAUGCUGUUAUUGCUGUGCAAUGCAAAAUAUGUAUGUGGCCUUUAUUUUUCUUUAAAUACAAUUACAACAUAAUUUGUA